CAGGCUCUCUUUCAACGUCACAUUAGGCAGCUCUGGCGAGAGUCUGUAGCGAGCUCCCACCGGAGGCUUCUUCUCUCAACUCAUUCCUUUGUCUUCAGGGUUCGGUGGCGGGAUUCUACACGCCUCCUUUACCCACAGCGCUUGGCGUAUCGCUGACUCGCGUCAUCAUGGAUCCAUCCCAACCGGGUACCUCCAGUGCCCUGAUCCGCAAGAGGGCCGAGAUGGAGUUGAUGCCGCCGCCGCCCGCAGCGAAGAAAAUCAAGCGCCCUAAGAAGGUCCUCGACGAAGACUCAUACACGGAGACUCUCUCACAAAUCAUCGCCCGUGACUUCUUCCCUGGACUGCUUGAGACCGAGACUCAGCAAGAGUACCUGGACGCGCUCGAGUCUAAGGAUGCAGCCUGGAUCUCGAGCGCUGGUCGGAGGCUGCAGCAGGUCAUGACUCCCGGGCGACAAAAACCAACUUCGCAGUCGCAGGGCAGGCCCAUUGCGAAUGGAGACCGCACCCCGUCCGCCUAUGGCGCAGACACCCCGGCCUCGGUUGCCUCUACCGUUGCACUGCCGCGGCCACGUCUAAAUACAAAUAUGAGUCUCUCCAAGUUCCAAGAGACAUACACCAGCGAGGACAAUGAGAGCUUCUACAAGCUCGUCGACAAACAGAACCAGAAGAAGGCCGACAAGUAUGCCUGGCUCUGGCGCGGCAACAAGCUCCCAUCAAAACAGAUGAUCAAGCAAAAGGAGGUCCAAGACAGACUGGGCCAGACACGCAGCCUUGUAGAUGACGGCCACAAGCGAGACCUCUUGGCUAUCAAAGACAAGGACGAUCGCCCGGCUCGACCAGAUACUUGGAAUGCCCAGCCCAGGAACAACCUCAUGUUUGGCCCAGACGGGGUUGAAGACGACGUUGUCACGGUCUCACAAAGGGCCGAGGAGACUUCCAAGAUGGCACCCAAGUCUAUUGUAUACGAGAACACUAGGAUGCCGCAACCUCAUAUUCCUGCGCGACCACCCUCUCCCACCUUGUCCGCAGUACGCGAUGCUAUUGCAGGGAAACCACGUCGCGAGGACCAAGACUCGAGUGUGGUGGGUGGCGGUGAAACGCCAAGGGUCAAUGGAUACUCCUUCGUCGACGAUGAGGAUGACGAGCCUGAAACAACACCUGUACCAAUCAUCAACCUAGGUCCCGGUGAUGCCUCGAUAAACCCCUUCAGGCUACAGGAGCAGCGGGAGAGAGAAACUUUACAUGAGCGUAUGGUUGAUCGGAUAUCAAAAUCGAAAAAAGAGGCGUCAAGAAAUGGGCUCACCGGAAGAGUCGACAAGACACCAGUACCAAAGUUUCCAAGUAGCCCACGGGUCUCGGGAGGGUUGACACCUGCGGCGCAGAGGCUAUGGAGCAAGGUUGGCACUCCUGGCAAUAGGGGCCCGGGAAGCUCGUUCGGUCAGUCGACACCGAUGAAGCCGAGGGGAUCACUCUUGAGGUCCGUUAGUAGGACAACCCUCAUGAGGUUCGUCGACUUCGCCAUCGACCUCGCGGCCGUCCUCAAUGCCUCCCGGUCCGUCGCCGCCAAGCAUGUCGCCCUUCGGAGUCGGCAGCUCGACAAUUUCAGUCGGACGUCGAGCGUAGCCGGAGCAUUUAGGAGCAGAGCUGCGCAAAAGGCAUCCCGGCCUGAAGGAUCGGAGGAGAGAGGCCAGUCGGCCGCGGAGAAGGACGCCGAGGGUGAUGAGGUCAUUCAACGAGAUGCGCCGGAAGCGCAGGAAACGAAGCCCGCACAUGAGAGCUCGCAAGAUCUAGGACCAACGACUGUAAAGGCGCAGGAUAUUAAGCCGGAGCCCAAGAUCGAGCCUGCGCAGCCAAAGAUAGACCACUUCGCUGAAGCCGUCUCAAGCUUGAACCAAGCGAGAGCCCAGCAGGACCAAGCGAAGGAGGAGCUCGACCUGCCUACCGGAAUCGACGUCAACAUCUUCCACACCACUCGAGGAUCUAAAAUUCUAGACUCGCUCCGGAAAGAAGGAAGAUCUACGCCUGCGGAUCGGCGCCCACGGGCUGGAGGCCCUGCCAAAGAACAUCCUCUGCGGCACUGGGCUGCCCCAAAGCCUCAGGAGUCCGAGGGCAAACCUGAGGAGGAGCCUCUUGUGCCAGCCGAACCAGUGCCAGCUGAACCAGUGCCAGCUGAACCAGUGGUAGCUGAACCAGUGGUAGCUGAACCAGUGGUAGCUGAAUCAGUGCCAGCCGAACCUGUGGCAAACCCUGGGAUAAGUCAAGCUCCCUCCGCUCGUCCGCAAACCAGCAGCUCAGCACCAUCAGAGACGAGAAAAGUCGAUGACAGUGUCGUUCCCCCCUCAAGGGAACGAACCGCCAGCCCUACGCCACAGCCUACCCCCAUACACGCUCUCCGAGAGUCCGCAGUCCCAGCCUCACGAAUCAGCCGCAUGUGGAACUAUGGAGGCCUCGCCGCAGGCUUGCUCGGAGGUGCCAUGACGGAGAGCGUCAGCAGAGCCUUUGGCGGCGGUGGCCAGGGCUCUGUCCUCCUCAGCGGUGCCAACAUGGAGCGCCUGGUUGCCAAGCUCUCGCGCAUGCGCGGCGCCGCCCUCAAGAUCGGCCAGAUGAUGAGCUUCCAGGACACCAAGAUGCUGCCGGCGCCCAUCCAGGAGGUGUUGCAGCGUGUCCAGGACCGCGCCGACUACAUGCCUGCCUGGCAGCGUGACCGCGUGCUCUCGGCCAAUCUUGGAGCCGACUGGCGAGAGCUGUACAGCGAGUUCGAGGAGAAGCCCAUUGCGGCCGCCUCCAUUGGCCAGGUUCACAAGGCGGUCCUCAAGUCCAACGGUCAGCGAGUCGCCGUCAAGAUCCAGUUUCCUGGUGUCGCCGACUCCAUCAACUCAGACCUCGACAACCUUGGCAUUCUCCUCACGGCCACCAAGCUCCUACCCAAGGGGCUAUACCUCAACAAGACUAUCGACAACGCCCGACUCGAGCUCGGCUGGGAGUGUGACUAUUCUCGUGAAGCCGAGUGCGCUACGCGCUACAAGGAGCACCUAGGAUCGCAGCAGGAUGUCUUUCUCGUCCCAACUGUCUACCCCGAGGCCUCGGGCAAGCAGGUCAUCACCAUGGACUGGAUGGAUGGCACUGGCGUCACGCGUAUCAAGUCCUUUACCCAGGAGCAGCGUGAUUGGAUCGGCUCGCACAUCCUGCGUCUCUGUCUCCGCGAAAUCACAGAGUUCAAGUUCAUGCAGACCGACCCCAACUGGACAAACUUCCUCUACAACCCGGACACCCAAAUGCUCGAGCUGCUCGAUUUUGGCGCCUCCCGCGAGUACCCUGACGCCUUCGUAGCGCAGUACGUCCAGCUGCUUGAAGCCGCCUCUCGCUCUGACCACGCCGCCGUCAAGACGCUCUCGGAGAGCCUGGGCUACCUGACGGGCCAUGAGAGCAAGGUCAUGAUCGAGGCCCACACACAGUCGGUGCUCACGCUUGCGGAACCGUUCCUCGCCUCAGCCCCCGAGGUUUACGACUUCAAGGACCAGACCAUUACUGAGCGUGUCAAGGCCCUGAUCCCCGUCAUGCUGCACGAGCGGCUGGCGCCCCCGCCCGAGGAGACAUAUAGUCUGCACCGCAAGCUCAGCGGUGCGUUCCUGCUAUGCGCGAGGCUUGGUAGUAAGGUGCGCUGCCGCGAGAUGUUCGUGGAGGCCCUGGCCAAGGGGGGCUACUCUCAGGGAGCUUAA